AUCACUGGGUGGUCCAAACAUGUACGAAGAAAGUAGUUGCUUUGAUCCGAAUGGGAUGGUGGCAGAAGACUGUUUUUCCCAGAUGGUUUCAAAAUCAGAGGCAGUUAUGUCUGUGACUAGCAUACAGCCCCAAAACACCUUUGGGAUGGAAAACUUAGCCUACACAUAUUCCAGUGGAGAAGAUGCUUCUGCUGUUGCUAUGGAAAUCAUUGCACACCCUCAACAAAACUCAUACAAUCAAGUUAAUAACUUGAACCCCCAGUUUGUGCAAGUGGUGAACAACCAUGGUUCAUGUGAGGAGCUUUAUUCUUUCCCCACUCACUCCUCCGCACUUGAGAGGGGUCACCAUGAUCACCAAUUUCCUUAUUCCACACCAACACCAGAUCUCCUCAACCUUCUCCACUUGCCAAUGACCUUUGAAAACCAAAGCAGCAAUCUUCCGAAACUCUCUGGCCCUAUGGGAACAGCAGACAGCACAAACGUCUCAUCUGUUUCCUAUGACCCUUUCUUGCAUCUCAACCUGCAAGCACCUCCCCCAGAUCUGAGAAAUGAUUUUGCCUUUGGAGGAGGGGGUGUCAUAGAAGGCAGUGGAAUUGCCUACCAAGAUUUUGGAAAUGGGGUGGUGGAGUUCACUCAAGAUGUGGGGAAAAAGAGAGGGGGGAAAAGGACCAAGCAGUUUACCAGUACUACUACUGAGAGACAAAGGAGAGUGGAUUUGAGUAGUAAAUUUGAUGCUUUGAAAGAACUCAUCCCAAACCCCUCCAAGAGUGAUAGAGCAUCUGUGGUGGGAGAUGCUAUUAACUAUAUCAGAGAGCUUAAGAGGACAGUGGACGAGUUAAAACUAUUGGUGGAGAAGAAAAGGCAAGAGAAACAAAGGGUAGUAGUGAUGAUGAGGCACAAGGUUGAAACUGAAGGGCAAGAUGGUUCCAAUCCCGACCAAGAUGAUGGUUCCUACAAUGAAAGCUUAAGAAGUUCUUGGAUACAAAGGAAAUCCAAAGACACAGAGGUUGAUGUGCGCAUUGUUGACAACGAGGUAACAAUCAAGCUUGUUCAGAGGAAGAAGAUAGAUUGCUUGGUGCAUGUCUCACAGGUUCUUGAUCAGCUCAACCUCGAUCUCCAACAUGUUGCUGGUGGCCACAUUGGCGAUUUCUGCAGCUAUCUGUUCAAUACCAAGAUGUGUGACGGUUCUUGUGUUUAUGCAAGUGCCAUAGCCAACAAGCUCAUUCAGGUCAUGGACACGAGUUUGGCAGCAGUUUCUUCAUGAUCUUUGGCAUCAUUCAGGAACAAUAAUGAGUGUUAUGUUUCUUAACUGGUUGCCAUUUUUUUUUUGUUUAAUUGUUCUGUUUUGCACUUUAUGUUUAGGAUAUAGUUUAUAUAAAUCGAAUUAGAACUGUAUUGGUUUGAA